AUGACCGACACGACCGACCCAUAUGCUGUGCUCCAGCAACUCGAGCAAGAUCAGGGCGACCUGAAGCAGAAGCUCGCGAUCAUUCGAAUCAGCGAGCCCAUUUCUGAUGUCGGCGGUUCCAAUCCCACUCCCUCGAAGCGUGGCUCCGAUGUCUCUAUAUCCAAUUUGAACGAUCCAACGCCCGCAUCCCUUGAGGCCGAUCUCACCCACUACAAGGAACUCUUCUCCAAACUCCGAUUCUCCUACCUCGAGCAAGUGACCAAAGAAAAAUUCCUCCGCGCAAUCGUGGGAGACCCACCCCUCGUGGUCGGACACAAUGAGAAUGUCGAAUUGGAGACCCAGCUUGCAGAGGUAAAGGCCGAGCUCAAGUCACGAAAGGAGGAAGCCCGCCUCAUGAUCGAGGAAAUGGAGACAAUGGGUCGAGAAUUGGCGCGCCGCUACAAGAAUGUCGACGUCCAAAUGACACAGCUCUCGACUCUCCCCGACUCAAUCGAGAACCUCGAGUCCACUAUCGCGGGCCUGCGCGCGAAACAGGUCGCCAGUAUGACCUCCUCGGACCCUCGAUCCUCCCAGAACCUACCACUACCUGCCACUAUGGCGCUGCUCUCGGAACGGGAGGCUGAAUUGGCCGCGCUGAACCGUCAAAUCCUUGCUGUGCAGAACACGCUGCCUCGCAAAACUCGGGAAGCCGAAGCUAUCGAGCGGGAGUGCUCUGUGCUUGAGCGACGGAAGGUCGAGGCGACCACACAGGCGCGAGAGGCCCAGCGCAAAAAGCAGCAGGGUGAGAGUGACGGGCUCGAGGAAAUGGGUCGCUGGUACAGAGGUGCGGAAGAAACAUUGAAAGAGAUGGUUGGUGUUUAG